AAAAGGAGCUAAAAUCUGCUCUGUUCCUUACUCUGCCCACUGCUAAACUUUCUAGCACUAAUUACUUCUGGGAAGGAUCGAGUGAAGCCUCAAGAGGUUGGUGGCUGGUGCCCAGGCUGAAAAGGACAUAUUGGAUCAGAACUGUGGCGCAGAUUUACUGCUGAAAGGACCAGAUCUCUAAGAAGAAACACAUUGGAAAAGUGAAAAUGGGAGGCAAUAUAUCUAUUGGUAACAUCUCAGGAAGUAAUGUUAACAUAAUGCGUCGCAUGAAAUCUGCAUCGUUGCCCCCUGGUGAUAUUCACACUGUAACAGAAGAUAUAAAGGCAACUGGAAGAAAACUUCUUACUAAAACAUUGGAAGGGAAAUAUGUGGCAAUUAUUGAAGACCUGGAAGUGUAUUUUAGUCAUGAGCAAGCUGACGGAAAGUCCUGCCAUGGGACUGAGAUAAAAGGAGAGCAAUGGGAAGAGGAAGUAUUGGGCAGAAGCAGGGAGUUGGCUCUGACUUUACAAGGGAAAGAAUUAAGUGAGGAGAAGUUACAGGAAGAAUUCAGUGGUCUAUGGGAAUCCUGUGGGUUUAAGGGUAAAAUCCUUGUCCCUGCCCCAUGGGUUUAUCAGGAGAAAUUAAAGGAAUUCAAGGCAGGAUCCAAUGCUGCCAGUCUCAUCAGCAACUCUUCUCUAUGGGCAAACUUGCCUGAGAAAUUCACUGAAUAUUUGUCCACAAAAUCUGAGAAACUUUCAGCUGAUGAGAAAAUAAAGGUAGAAAAGGUGACACAGGGUAUAGAGAAGCGAGUGAAGGAAUUCACUGAUAGGAAGAGAGAAGAGAAAAAGGAGAAUGAGACCAGUUACUAUGAGGAGGUCUCCAGUUUGAUCAGAGUAGAAAUCAGCUCCAAGUUACACAGCGACUUCCCAUUCCCAAAUGAAUUCCUUGUGUUUGUGCCAAUGUAUCUGUGCCACAGAGCUGCCCACAGCUUUGCCCAGAUCUCCCAUGAUUUCAACAAAUCCAUUGAUCCUCAGGGUCAUUUGGAAAUGAAGAGAGAAGAAUUCUUCCAGUCUUUUAAAUCCAUCUAUGCUGGAACAAAGUAACCUCAGUUGAGAUUCUUCCAUUGCUGAUCUGGAUAAUGACCAACAUAGAAAUGUUCUAAAUAUCUCUGCUUAAAUAUAUUCUAAUGCUAUAACAAAUGAUAUGCUAUGAAAGUUCCUGUAGCUCCAAUGAUUUCUCACUUACAUACAUUUUACUAUGCAUUACAUUUACUCUGCUCAUAUGGUUGAUCAAGUACUUGCUUCACCAUCAUUGCAAUAUAUCUUUAAAGAAAAAAGUGAUUUGUGUAUCCUAAUAACCAAUCACAAUAGUUGGAACACAUUCAAAAAUAAUCUGUGAUAUUCUGUGAAUUAGAUUAUAAUCAAUUUUUUUUUUCAAACUGUAUCAUCUGCUGCAAAUGUAAUGGCUCUUUAACAUAUUGUGCUAACAGUGAAGAUUCUCUGCUCCGCACUGGAUAAAUAAAGUUUCCUUCUCUGAUCAGCAAUUCA